AUGAUGGCCACAGGGGAAUCGAUGAAGUUCGCCGCCGCCCGAUUCGGAGGCGCGGGAGGCCUGCUAGACUGCAACUUCCCGUCGCUGUACGUGGACGCGGUCUGGGCGAGAUUCCGGCCACAUCCGGGAGCUUUCGCCGGUGGCCAGAUAGAAGGCUACGCCCGGGCCAUGGCCCUGUCCAGGAACGUCCAGAAGCAGAUGGCCGCAGUGACGGCAACCACGCCGGGUGGCAAACCCAAGAAACGGUACAUUUGCACUUACUGCGACCGUGAGUUUAGCAAGUCGUACAACUUGCUCAUACAUGUCAGGACCCACACGGACGAGCGUCCGUACCCCUGUGACGUGUGCGGAAAGGCGUUCCGCAGACAGGACCACCUCAGAGAUCACAAAUACGUUCACAUGAAGGACAAACCGUUUUCUUGCGAAUCCUGCGGCAAAGGCUUCUGUCAAAUGCGCACGUUGGUCAGUCACCGGAAGAACGCGCAAUGUCAAUGGUACCAAUACCAACGGCACCAGGCGAUAGCCACGCAGAUCUCCUCUGCCGGAACUGCCGGAACUGCCGGAACUGCUGCCACCGCUGCAGUGGCCGCCGUGGCGUCUCCCGACACAGUCCGAAACGGAAGUCUGACCGAUUUCAGUAUCAAAACUCUGCUGGGAAUCGGCGACGACCACUAA